UGUUGCAAAUUCGCGCACCGGCGUUUUGCUGACAGCUGCAGCUGGAGUUGGAGUCAAGUGCUAGCCGUAAUAAGACGUUGUGAUCACUGCAGGUUUCAUAAGAAUAAAGUAAGAAGUGACAUUAGAACAAGAUGGAAAACAACACAACUCAGAUCUCCCGUGAAGAACUGGAAGAACUGAAGGAGGCUUUUAACAAAAUAGACAUUGACAACAGUGGCUAUGUGUGUGACUACGAGCUUCAGGAUCUCUUUAAAGAAGCACAUCUGCCACUGCCUGGAUACAAGGUCCGAGAAAUUGUGGAAAAAAUUCUAGUAGCUGCUGAUCACAAUAAAGACGGAAGGAUUGAUUUUGAAGAAUUUGUAUCGAUCUGUCAGGAGCUAAAAAGCAAAGAGAUCAGUAAGUCAUUUCGAAAAGCCAUAAACAAAAAGGAGGGAAUCACAGCAAUCGGAGGAACCUCUGAGAUUUCCAGUGAAGGAACCCAGCACUCCUACUCCGAGGAAGAACAAGUUGCUUUUGUGAACUGGAUUAACAAAGCCCUAAAAGAUGAUCCUGAUUGCAAACAUUUACUGCCCAUGGAUCCAAACGAUGAGAGUGUUUUCAAAUCGGUCGGGGAUGGCAUUAUUCUUUGCAAACUGAUAAACUUAUCCCAGGCAGAAACAAUCGACGAGAGAGUUAUUAAUAAGAAGAAACUAACCCCGUUCACCAUUUCUGAAAACCUGGUGCUUGCAUUAAAUUCAGCCUCUGCAAUUGGCUGCACUGUCGUCAACAUUGGGGCUCAGGAUCUCAGGGCAGGGAGGCCUCACUUAGUCCUCGGCCUGCUGUGGCAGAUCAUUAAAGUUGGGCUGUUUGCUCAUAUUGAGAUCUCCAGAAAUGAAGCUCUCAUUACCCUGUUGGAGGAAGGAGAGGAUCUGGAGGAUCUAAUGAAACUCUCCCCUGAAGAGCUGCUGCUGCGCUGGGUCAACUACCACCUGACUAACGCAGGCUGGCAGAAGAUUGGCAACUUCAGUAAUGAUAUUGAGGAUUCAAAAGCUUAUUUCCACCUGCUGAAUCAGAUUGCCCCGAAAGGUAUCCAAGAUGAUGAACUCAAGAUCGACAUUGACAUGUCUGGUUUUAAUGAGAAAAAUGACCUACAGAGGGCAGAGUGUAUGCUUCAGCAGGCAGCUAAGAUGGACUGUAGGCAGUUUGUCACGCCGGCAGACGUGGUUGCUGGUAACCCAAAGCUGAAUAUAGCUUUUGUGGCCAACCUGUUCAAUACCUACCCAGCCCUAAACAAGCCAAAUCACGGAUAUGACCUUGCUAUGCUGGAAGGGGAAAGCAGAGAAGAAAGAACCUUCCGGAACUGGAUGAAUUCUUUAGGUGUGAGCCCAUAUGUCCACCAUUUAUACAGUGAUCUUACAGAUGCCGCAGUGAUUUUUCAGCUGUAUGAGCGAAUCCGGGUGCCUGUUAAUUGGAAUCGCGUUAACAAACGACCUUACCCUGCACUUGGUGGCAACAUGAAAAAGCUUGAAAACUGUAACUAUGCAGUUGAUCUCGGUAAAAACGAGGCUAAAUUCUCCUUGGUUGGGAUUGGGGGACAGAAUCUCAAUGAAGGUCACUCGACACUCACACUAGCCUUGGUGUGGCAAAUUAUGAGAAGGUACACUUUGACAGUUUUAUCUGAUCUUGGCGGAGGUGAAAAAGUAAAUGAUGAAAUGAUUAUUAACUGGGUGAAUGUAACCUUAGAAGCAGCAGAAAAGGAGACUUCCAUUAAAAGUUUUAAGGACAAAUCCAUCUGCACUAGUUUGCCAGUACUGGAUUUGAUAAGUGCUAUUGCACCAAAUGCCAUCCGUGAAGAAAUGGUGAGGAGAGAUGAUGAUCUUUCCGAUGAAGACAAACUUAACAAUGCAAAAUACGCAAUCUCAGUUUCUCGUAAGAUCGGGGCUCGAGUGUAUGCACUCCCUGAAGACCUGGUGGAGGUGAAACCCAAGAUGGUCAUGACAGUGUUUGCCUGUUUAAUGGGAAGAGGAAUGAAUAAAAUUAAUGGAUAAAAUGAAGAUCAUGAGUCUGCAGCCGUACGAAUCACACUCAACGAUACAGAGUUUACACACUUCUUGAUUUCUAAUGGUUCAUUUUACAAUAAAUCGACUUUUUCUCGGUAUUUUAGAAACGAUUGCUAAGCACCACGCAAACACUGCCACCUCUUCUGAAAGCUUUACUUUACUUGAUUAUUUUGAAACCUGUAACUUAUUUUCUUACAGAUUCAUAAUGUUGUUCAGCUUCUUUUUUUAAUAACGCUCAACAUGUUAAUAAAGAUAUUGAAUACUUUUUUUCUUUAUAUUUUUCCUGAGAUUUGCUUUAUUUUUCAGAUUUCAAACUACGGUUUUAAAUAAUAUUUGUUGAGCUGUGCAACAUGUGCCAAGAAAAAUGAAACAUUUUAUAAGUUUAACUGCAUUAGAAAUAUUUGAUGAAAAGCAGGUUUCAAUUUUUUAUGAAGGCAAACAGGUCAUCUGAAUACCGAUUGGAUGGUAGUGUGUAUACUGUAUUGUGCAAUCAUAUCCUAUCCACUUUUAAAUACUAAAUUAUAAUUAAACUGACAUGAUUACCCACUGUUAUACUUAAGGAAAUAAGAACUAUCAAGGAUUUUAUAACUAAAGUCUAAGGGGUAAAUUUUGAAAGAGUUUAGUCCAAUCUUUAAUUCCUGUUUUUUUUAAAGAAGAGAAACAUUUGUUGACUUUACAGAACUAGUGUCAAACAUCUAAGUAGUGUAAUUAAAGGUUUAUUAAGCACUCUCCAGUUGUAUUUCUUAGUGUUGUACACUAGGCUACUGUUGAAUUUUCAAAAAAUAGGAGUUAAUUAAAGAAUGGAGUAAAUGCUUUCAAAAUAAAACCCUAACUGUAUAUACAACUUGGUUAAAGAAAAAAUAUAGGGCCUGUUCCAUAACAACAUUCAAUCAAAUCCACAGCGUUUGUGUUUUAAAAUAAAAUCUGAUCAAACAACUUCUGCCAUGUUUGUUUUCUGCAAUGUAGGGCAGCAGUGUGGAGUAGUGGUUAGGGCUCUGGACUCUUGACCGGAGGGUCGUGGGUUCAAAUCCCGGUGGGGACACUGCUGCUGUACCCUUGAGCAAGGUACUUUACCUAGAUUGCUCCAGUAAAAACCCAACUGUAUAAAUGGGUAAUUGUAUGUAAAAAUAAUGUGAUAUCUUGUAACAAUUGUAAGUCGCCCUGGAUAAGGGCGUCAGCUAAGAAAUAAAUAAUAAUGUAAAACUGGGACUGAAUGUUUAAUUAAAUAGCAGCAUAGACGAUGGAACUGACGUUAUUUUAAAACAACAUGUACACCUUUAAACUUCAUUUAAAGUGAUCUCACUAGUUAAAGCUUGAUUACUUCCUUAUAUAUGUAUAUAUAUAGGACUGUGGUUUUGUGAAUGUUGUGCAAUGACAUUAUUUGAUGUU